CAAAAAUUAAAUUAUUUAAUAAAACCUAAAUAUUCUUCAAAUUUUAAUAAUUUUAAUAAUUUUAUUGAAAAAGUAAAUAAAAAUAUGACAGAAGAUUCUAAUAAAUCAAUUAUUCAAGAUUUUUAUACAUGUGAUAAACAAACAAAUAGAUAUAAUAUGAAUGAAAGUAAAACUAUAAAUCCUCGUGUACAUUUUGUUCCAGAAGAAGGAGUAAAUCCAUCUAAUUUACCUGGACCAAGUCGACCAACUUCAGAUUAUACUUUAGAUUCAACAGGGAAUAUAAAUGAUCAAAACAAAAUGUUAUCUCAUUUACUUUCAUCACGUGAUUAUGUGUAUAUGCCAACUAAUCGUAUUGCAACAACUGGUACAUGUAACAUUCGUGGUGGACAACUAUUAUCUAACUGGCAACGUCAACAGCAACCGAAUCGGCAACAAGCUCAACUUUAUGAUGCACAUCCUGAAAGUUUGAUUCAUAAUUUAAAUCAAUUGACUGAUAAUAGAAGUAGAAAUACACCUUAUUUUCUACAACAACAACAGCAACAACAACAACAACAAACAAGUCAAAACCGUAUUCACGGCGACCCAGUAUACGAUCCUGGAAAGGUAUCAAAUCAACCACAGCAAACACGACUCCAAAACCAACCAAAUCAACAGCAAGCAAAUUAUCAACAGUUAAUUUCAGCAUUAUUAGCCGCUGCUUCUGCGAGUAAAUCUCGAAUAGAGCCGCAGUCAUCACAAACUUCUAAUCUUUCGCCAAUGGGCAUAGAUACAAUACUGAACCAACAGAAAUUUAACACAUCUAAUCGUUGGUCUGAUUCUGAACUAGCAAUUAAUAAUGCUAAAGACUUACAAUAUCAAGUUCAAACACUACAGAUUAGACAACAACAGCAACAACAGGCAACUGCAGCUGCGGCAGCAGCAGCAGCAGCGGCUGCCGCGAUGGCUGCAUUGCAAUGUUCUGCUAAAUCUUCAGCUAACAUUCCAUUAAACAUGCAAAGACAAGUUCCUUUUCUGUUUGGGAGUGGUAGCAGUAAUAAUACGAUUCAAAGAAAUCCAGCACAAUUACGUUCAUCUUAUUCAUCAGGAGAUGAAUCAUCAGCAAUGCGAAUUAUGAAUCCAGCAUCAUUAGUCACACCAAUGCAAACACUACGUAGAUUUUGUACCCCUGAUAUGAAUAUAAAUGAAUCAAAUCUAUCUCAGACUUUAUUAUUACCUCAACAACCGUUGAGUACAAUGUCUGAAACUGUCCCACUUUCUGAACAAAACAAUAAAGUACAACGAGCAACUCAACAGUUAAUCACACAAUUAAAUAAAUUUCAAGAUUUAUCUGUUUCUGGAGAUGAUUAUGCAAAUUAUCAAUGUUUAGAAUCUUUAUUAGGACAAGCUUCUAGGCAGCCACUCGCACCAGCUCCUUCAGUUCAAAUGGAAAAUGUUCUUUGUACAGAUCCUUCUGGAACCAGAUCAUCUUUUCCAAAUGAAUCCCUGUAUAUGUCUUCUAAACUUCCUGCCCAAAUUCUUGGAAAUACUCGAACUUCUACUGCACCAACUAGUCUUUCUGGUCAAGCUGAAUUCGAAACGGCUUAUUCAAAUUUAGAUUCUUUUGGAACGUCAAAAACGUCAUCGGAUCGCUUUGGAGAUUUUCUAACUUUACCAAGUGAAAGAUGUUUAUCGACCUCUCAGGCUCCAAGUCAUCCUUCACAAUCUUCUACAUAUGAUUGGGAUACUUCGAAUACUCCGUCUAGAACAGUGAAUUCGCAAAAUGUUGAUCGUAUCCCAAAAUCUGGUAACCUUAAUGGGUUAUUCAUUUUGCAUGUUAUUGCAGGCAAAGGUUUAAAUUCUACACACAUUAUUGUCAGAGAUCUUUACUGUGUCAUCGAAAUGGACUCUGUACGUAAGGCGCGUUCCAUGAUACGUACUAGUACAAGCUAUUUUGAGUGGAAUGAGGUAUUUGAACUUGAUAUGGAAGAUAACAGAUUUUUAGCUGUCUUACUUUAUCAGUGGGACCCACGUACUAAACAUCGUUUAUGCUUUUAUGGCGGAAUUGAUUUGAAAAAUUUGCUUGGUAAAUUAACAUCAAGUAAUAUAGCAUCAACAUCCCAUACUUCAACAAGUGAACUUAUUCUCAGUCCUUCUGUAUCAAUUUCACCCAAAAAUGUUUAUAAAAUCGCCCUGCAGCUUGAACCGAGAGGUGUAUUAUACCUUGAACUUGCACAUAUACCAUUGGAAAAAUUAUUUCAUCGUAAUCAACAUUUGUUAAGCACAAGUGCAUUGAGCUCAACUAGUGCUGAUCGAUUGUUAUUUGGUGUAUCGAUCGAUGAAUUAAUUGAGCGUGAACGUGUUAUAUGCCAAAUUACUGAAUUGUAUUCUCCAAAACAAUUAGUUUAUCAAAAUACAUCUGAUUAUAUGUUUAUACCAUUAUUUAUUAAGAAAUGUGUUGAAGAAAUUGAUAAACGUGGAUCAGACGUUGUUGGUGUUUAUCGUUUAGCCGGUUCUGUAUGGAUGAAAUUACAAGUACGUGAAUUAUUUAAUCGUGUUACAAAAUCUACACUGAAAGCUAUAGUUCAUGAAGAUGCUAAAGCUAUUAGAGAUAUUAUACAAUUAGUGGAUUUAUCAGCCCAGCGUAUUCCAGAUAUUCAUGCUAUUACUGCUGUAUUUAAAGAUUUUCUACGAGAAUUACCAGAACCUUUAUUCACUAGUGCAUUAUAUCCAAUGUUUUAUGAUGCCAUGCAAAUAGCAUUGCCUGGAUUUACACAAAGUGGUGCAAAACUUGUAUUGAAUAUUUUAGACUGCCUACCAGCAAAUAAUCAGGAAAUCCUUUUGUAUCUCUUGGAUCAUUUUAAACGACUGACAAAUAAUUGUGAAGUGAAUAAAAUGGAUACACAAAAUCUAGCAACUUGUCUGGCUCCUAUCCUAUUCUAUCCUUCACCAAGUUCUGCGAGGAAUCUUGAUCCAAAUAUCUUGGAACCUAGAAAAAUGGCCGAAAUAUUUAAAUUUAUUUUAGAAAUCUGGCCAGAUGACCGUUCAAAGUCAUAUAAAUAUAAUCCUGCAGAAUCUUGGACUUCACCCUAUUCUUCAAAUCCUCCACUGCCAGAAGAUCAACAUCCAACUGGAUUUCACCCCCAACAACAACAUCAUCAUCACCAUCCUAAACAUCGAUACGAUCAAUCCAGUCAUCGAGCAUCAAGUGCCAUUAGAUCGACAAUAUCCGGACCAGCUGGAACUGGACUGGGCUAUCGAUCCCCACACACGGUACAAAGAUCUGGCAUUUUAGCCAGUAAGGCCGAAUCAGACAAAUCAGAUUACGCAGGAAUAGGUAGAAGUGGAACUGUGAAAUACGGAAAUGGAUCUAAUGGUUCAUCAAGACAAGCAGUUGGUCAAGAAGGACAUCGGAGAACUAGUAGAGAUCCUCGACAAACUGUCAGUUUUGGUAAUGCAAAAACUAUACGGACACAUUCAGCUCAAAGAAAAACGUUAUCUCAAACAGACAUAACUUUGGGUAGCGCCAGAGAGUAUACAGUAGGCUUUGAUUUUCGAGACCAACAGGUGAUGCUUCCAAGUGAUGAAUCAAACAUCCGUGUACAUCCACGUUUUCAAGAUAUACCAACAACCGGAUCUACCGGAACAGAUAGUGGGACACGCUCAAGCUUAUCAGUUGGUUCAAGACAACCUUGUCCUCCAUCACAUGCUAGCUCAUCAGUUGAUAGAAGUGAGCUCAACAGAAGCUCUAGCCAGGAACGUCAGAAUUACGGGCGAACUCAAAGAUUCUCUAGACGUUCACAUCCAUUUAGUUAACCCUUCCCCAUUCCAGUAAUAUUCAAAAACAUGUUCGAAUUAAAUUUCAUUUAAGACGAAACAUGCCAACCCUUGACUAUUUUCAUAUAACCCAAAUCCCUCCAAUCAAUAAAGAACCUCAAAUAUUGGAAAACCUAAUCUACAUUUUACUGGAAUGUAAUAUCUCUUCCUCUCAGAAGAUGUACACAAAAUGUAUUCAGUUAAAUUUUGUUUAUCCCGCAAAUAUUCCUUCCUAACUUUUCCUUUUUAAGUAACUCAAUAUAUAUAAAAGUAAUAAUGCUGAACAAGGAGUUAGAUUAACUAAAUUAAACUGGUAUGUCCAAACUAAAAUCGAUAAAGGACAAGUGCAUUUAUUGAUUUCGUAAAUAAUCUUAAUACUAUAAUCGUGAAAUAUUGUCAAAAAUUAUUUUUAUUACUUCACCGUCAUGAUACUAUUAUCAUCUUCUCAUACUAAAUCCUGUUCUCUUACUACCUAUUACAUUAAAUCAUCUUCAUUUUUUACUCACCAAUAAAAUUCUAUUGUUUAUAAAAAUGUAGACAAUACGUAUAUCCCUUAUCUGUCAAUGGUUAUAUGUCUUUUUGGUCUUUGUUAAAUUUCCAGUUCACUUCUAUGACGUGUUUCCUAAUCAUUGUUUGUUUCUGUUGUUACUUGAUUUGGCUUUGAUUCUUCAAAAGUAAAUAUUGUUUAAAUGUGAAUAUGAAAUACCACUACCCAAAUGGAAAAUUAACACUUAGACCUUCUAUUUGAAAAAAGAUCUGUAACUGAUUGUCAACACCACCACUAUCAUCAUUGUGAUUUCCAUGUUAUGCUUGUUAAAAUAUGGCUUUUAUUCAUUUUUACGAAACACAAUGAUAUACAUAUGUGCAUAAAAUUCAUGUAUGCUUUAUGUAGACUGAGACAACUCAGUAAUCAACAUUUUAUUUUGCUUCGGUGAUUUAUUUCAAUGAUUUACGAUAUAUGAUUCACAAAUUUAUUAAGUAAUCGUCUAUUCUUAUUUGUUGGCUGGACCAGCAAUACUUCUUCAGUGCUACGCUCAUGGUACAACUUUCAUACAUUCACAUAAAUACAUUGAACUAUAUAUUCUCACUUUUGGUAUCGCAUUGAUAAUCUAAAUAAUGAUGUAGAUCAGAUUGGUUUUAUAAAUCGCACAAAUAUACCAUUUAUACGCACAAGUAUAUCAAAGAUUUCAAUGAACCAGGAUAGAAUUGUAUAUGUCCUACAUGUAUACAAACUUACAAAUAUUUGCAAAACCUGCGUAGUAAUACCAUGAGAAUAACUAAGUAUAGAUAAAUAAAAUCAUAUAUGUACUGUUACUAUAAGCACUCCUACUCAUCUCUUGAUAGUUUGAAUAUUGAAAAAAAACAUUUCCAAAUACAAAAGAACAGACGUGUUAACAUACAUUUACACCCAGUCACUUCCUUCUCUUUCGAUUUUUUUUUCUUGCUUGCUAUAAUCAAUUCAGCUGUAAUUUCAAGUUGACAACAACAACAAAAAAUACGUAUUUAUUUAUAUCUUAAUAAUUUAGACGAUAGAGAUUAAAUUUUAUUUGACAAUGUUUACAUUUAUUACUCUCAUUAUGUUGUUAUCUAUAAAUAUUGUUAUUAUUACAAAUAAUGUAACAUGAAUAACAAUAGUGACAAUAUUCAUAAUGUUUAGAUAUCAUGUGUGAUUUAUGAAUAAACUACAGGUUGUACUUUCAAUUUAUUCUAAAUCUGUGGAAACUACCUAUACAAUUUGUAAUCAAUAAAAUAAAUCAGUGAUAAUUACUAUUAUAAUUAUAAUAAUAAGAAUUUCUCUUCUCAAUUUUAAACUAUUCGAUGAAUUUAUUAAUGGUUAAAUGGUCAGGAAGUCAAUGAAGACGCAUGAAGGAUAAAUAAAUUAUCAAUUUUUUACGAUUUUUAUUUGUGAUUUAAUGAUAUCUAGUGGGCAAGUGAAUUAUUGAUUGUUAUCUUUUUUAUACUACUAAUAAC